AUGGCUAAGGGAGGUAAAUUAAGGUCUCUGUUAAAGAACCAACAAUUGAUUGAAUCAAUAGACAAAUCAAAAUCAAAGCCAGUAGUCAAAAAAGCAGAAGAAAUAAAGGAAGUUGAAGUCCAGCCAUUACCUGAGCAAAUCAAGUCAUCGAAGCCAAAGAAGGAAAAGAAGGAAAAGAAAGCUAAGAACCAAGAUGAUUAUCAAAGUGAAGUUUUAUCCAAGAAAGAACAAAGAAGAUUGAAGAAGGUACAAGCUGACGAAAGUGCACCUUUAGUAGUAGAAGAGGAAGUCGAAGAAGAACUUGAAGAAGGCUCUGACUCUGAAGAAUUAGACUUAGAAAAGUUAGCUGCAAGUGAAAGCGAGAGUGAUAUAAACGACGAUGACUCUGAUGAAGAAUCUGACGAAGAAGAGGAGGCAGAUGAAGAUGAAAAAGAUGACGAAGAGGAAGAGGAAGAGGAAGAUAUUCCUUUAUCGGACGUUGACAUAGAUGACGAUGCGGAUAUUGUUCCACACACCAAAUUAACUAUAAAUAACAUGGCUGCAUUGAAAGAUUCUUUAGCACGUAUUGAGUUACCUUGGUCUAAGCAUUCCUUCCAAGAACAUCAAUCCAUCACAAGUGCUGAAAAAACUGAAACCGAAAUCAAGGAUAUUUAUGAUGAUACUGAAAGAGAAUUGGCAUUUUACAAGCAAGGCUUAGAUGCUGUUAAACAAGGUAGAGCUGCAUUAACUAAAUUAAAGGUACCAUUCUCCAGACCAAUGGAUUACUUUGCCGAAAUGAUUAAAAGCGAUGAGCAUAUGGACAAAUUGAAGAGCAAGUUAUUAACUGAAGCUGCUAACAAGAAAGCAUCAGAAGAUGCCAAGAAACAAAGACAUUUGAAGAAGUUUGGUAAGCAGGUUCAGAACUCUACAUUACAAGAAAGAGCUAAACAGAAGAAAGAAACAUUAGAUAAGAUUAAAUCAUUAAAGAGAAAGGGUGCUAGUAAUGAAUUAAGUAAUGGUGACGAUUUCCAGAUUGCCUUAGACGAAGCAACUAGUGAAGACAGAGGUGGUGACAAUAAGAGAAGAAAGCCAAAUUCGAAGAGAUUAGGCAAAGAUUCCAAAUAUGGUUUUGGUGGUAAGAAGAGAGGUUCCAGAACUAACGAUGCAGAAUCUUCUGCCGAUAUCAGCGGCUUUUCUUCUAAGAAAAUGAAAGGAAAACCCAGACCAGGAAAGAGCAAGCGUUCUAAAAGAUAA